AUGAACUCCUAUCUCGCCGGCGCCGGCUUCCAGCUGCCCUUUCAACGCCGCCUCAGCCGUCUCUACAAUGACACCAAAAAGUCGACCGACUUCCUCCAGGAGCCCGUCCGCAACGAAGACGACCCGGACAUCAAGGCCCUGCACCGCAAGCUGCGCAUCCAAAAGGACCGCCUCGUCAGCUGGGGGCUCGAGUGGUCCGACUCGUCCCAGUCGCCCGAGAUCGACGACUCCAUCUCCGAGGCCGGUCUCAGCGAAGUCGUCGCCAGCAUCAUGUCCACCAUCAAGGACACCCUCGCCGAGGCCGAGCCCCUCUGGCUGAGCUCGAAGCGCCUUGUCGACUCGCCUCGCCCCUCGUCGGAUCGCAAGCCGCCCCUGCUCCACUGGGAUAAAGCCCGCUUCGAGGACCUUGUCCACGAUCUCACCGUCUCCAUUGACACCCUCUACGACCUCUCGCGCACCCGCUCCUCCGCAGCCAUGCCCCGUCGCUCCUCCAAGACUGGUUACAAGGCAGCCCCGUUCGCCGAAGAGACUAGGCUCUUCGAGUCCAGUCGCGUGCAAACCCCCCAGCACAUCGACCCCCGGGACUUGCUGACGCCAUACCCACUCGACAGCUCUCAUCGCCAGGUCGUCUUCCUCAACAAGUUAGCCUAUAACAACCUGGUCCGGGGCACAUCCACGGUCCCCUAUGCGCCCCUGCUUCUCGAAUAUGCCACCUUCGAUCCCAUGUAUGCCGCAACAGGCAUCAUGCCGGAAAUGGUUCGCUUCGAGAAGCUGUCGGCCGCCCUUCAGCAAGAUCCCCAACGAGCCCCCGGCACCUGGACCGGCCUGCCCCGACUUCUCGGCUACUUUGAGGACCUGGAGAACUCGCGUCUCGGUCUUGUCUACCGGCUCCCCUUUUCCUUCAGUCACUUGUCCCCCAAUCCAUCCCCCGACGGCCUGCCCCUCAGCCUUCAAACUCUAAACCAUCUCCUUUCACGUCCUGAAUGCGAACCUCCGCUCGAGGCCAAAUUCAAGUUAGCCUUCAAUCUCGCAAACACCGUCUUCGAUAUGCAUGCGAGAGGCUUCGCCCACGGCAACCUCAACGACAAAGACAUCUCGUUCCGCGUCGAAAUCACCUCGGGCGACGACAGAGCCCGCCCAACGGCUGAUGUUCGAUGCCCACUAAUCUCAUCCUUCGACCUAUUUGGGGAAAACACUUCGGCUGCAGAGUCUUCCUUGCGGCGCCAAUCUCCAGAUCCUCGCGCCAGCCAGAGCUCUCCGUUGCGCAAGUCGACGGACGAACGCGUCCUCGAACUUUACUCCUUGGCCAUGCUCCUGCUGACGAUUGGCUUGUGGACAAAGCUCGAAGUCCUCGCCCCUGACCUGGCCAGCCCUCUGGAUUCCUGCCAGCUACUAGACCGUCUAGCGGUCAGGUGCGGCAGCUUCUACGUCAAAGCUGUCCGGGAAUGCUGGCAUGCCCUCGACGAGGAGGCUUCUGGCAAUGUCGAGGCCGAGGCUCUUCUUUCGGCCGUACAAGUGCGUGCGAGCCGAUACCUUGAAGCGUGUUGUUUUCUAGACGGCAUCGGCGAGCUGGAGCGGCGCAUGACCCAGGAUCUACGCCAAGCGGUUUCCGAAAAGCGGCGACCCAUCGAGUCUUCCAAGGAUAAAAAGGCUUCUAGUCCUCUUAGGUCUUUCGGUGGUGAUCGAAAGAUGCCACUCGCAUCGACCGAGCCUGCCAUUGGCAAGCCAUUGGAGAGGCUCGCUUCAGCUAAUGUCAAGGGUGAUGCGGCAAAGUCGGAGACUAAGAUCAGGCUCUAUCCGCAUGUUCCCCUUGCGCCUGAAGCAGUCGAGAAAUGGAACACCAUCGUUAUGCCACAGAUCAACCAGGCAUUGCGGCACUUUUAUCGCAAGCACCCAGAGUCGGUCGAAAUUUCGCUUGAGUCUGUCGGCCCGAGUCCCUCCAAGACACAGCCCACAGUCUUGGUUGUCUGCACAUCGGUCGGCAAGGUACGCGCCAUUCUCAAGAAGCGGCUCGGCGAUUUAUUCGACAGCACCGUCACGGGUUUUGGAUUGAAGGUCUGCAAAGGACAUGUUCUUCGAUCCCGGAGACAGGCAAAGCCCGGUACAGCCCAUUUGGCACUCCGCAAACCCCGGGGGCCAGGGUCUGGUCGUGACUCGGGAUCCGACGACGGUGAACCUGGUGCGGUCAAUCCCGAGUACCAGGAACGGCCCUAUAAUGGGGCGAGCAUUGGAGCGUGGAUCGGCGACCGUCAUUUGCCUCCGGUCAGUUUCGGAGGGCUUGUCCUUGUCGACGACAAACCCUACGGUAUGACCGUCCACCAUAUGCUCGACGACCCGGACCCGGACUUUGGGCACGAAGACACUAUGCGCAGCAGCGCCGCGGCUGGUGGAUUCUGGUACUCGGAACUGGCUGAAAAGGCGAGAGAUGAUGACGCACACGGCCUCUCUGACACCGAGUCUGAGCCGUAUUCAGAAUCCGACCUCACGAGCGACUAUGACGACGAUGAGGAGGCCGAAGAGGACGAAUUCGAACCGGGCGAUAUUCCCGGAGUCGAGCCCGAUUGCGGCGAUGGCUACCUUGUCACCCAACCAGCCCUGGACGACGUAGACGAGGGCUUCUAUCCUUGCUCCGAGACCGAGGACAAGGACCAUCUUGACAUGUGUGGCUUAGGCAAGGUGUUUGCGUCGAGCGGCAUUCGCCGCAAACAGGUAGACGGCCUCGUCCACGAGGUGGACUGGGCUUUGAUCAGGUUUUCUGACGGACGCCUGCCCGCCGACAACUGCAUUCCCCGGGCGGUUGACGGAUCCUCGCGCGGUGGGCGACCUGGCAGGCACGCAGACGCACCCCUCAUGCGCCCCACUUCCGUUGCGCCGUCGUCUUCUCUCCCCGGCAUGGAGGUGCAGUGCAUGGCGAGGACGAGCGGAGCGCAGACGGGGCAGAUUCUGCCGGCCUUGACGAGCGUCAAAAUCUACGGUCGCACGUCCCCUAGCCAUACGUACCAGAUAACCAGCUCGCAGUCUGCCGACGGAGAGGACCCGGGGCAAAGCUUAGGAAUUCCCGGAGAUAGCGGCGCUUGGGUGGUUGACCGCCAUCACGGGCAGCUUUGCGGGCACGUGCUGGCCUGGAGCCAGCGAAAGCGUGUCGCUUACAUUUGCCCCAUGGACAUUCUGCUCCUCGAUGUGGCCGAAACCCUGGAGGCCACCGAAGUAAGGCUGCCCGGAGGUGAACCUGUGGUUACCUUUGGUGAUGCGGAUGACGUGGCCGAGAUUGAGGGCAGAGCCGAUGAGGAUGACGGGUUGCAAUAUCUGCAGGAAGAGACCAAUGAUGACGACGCAGAAGAGCCUCCCCAGCUGGCCGGAAGGAUCCCAAGCACGAAACAAUCGCCAGGCCACAGCUCACAGGGCCCCGGGGUGAGCAGUCAGGGCUCCUCUACUCCAAUCAGGUUGGAGACGUCGAGCGAGCUCCGAGGCCUCGCGAAUAAGCUGGAGGAGUUGAGCGUCAGCCCGUGUCGGAGGAUAGGCGUUUCUUGA